AGAAGACCGCAAACCCGAAAUCCGAGAUCGUUAUUGAGAAUCCAGACCCGACCGCCCAACUAUAAAAAAAAGCUCUCACGUUCGGUUCCCAGUCUCGCGCAACGGGCCGAAAGGGAAAAGAACAUAACUUACCGUGAUUCCGCUCUUUCCUCUCAGGUCAUCUUCCUCAGUUCUGUUCGAGGGUGCAAUAAUUCUUUUUCUUCUCUUUUCUACCAAGAGCUAUCACAUUGAACUGCAGGGAUGGCUGAGGAGGGUCAAAAAGUUAUCUUGAAUGUGUAUGACUUGAGCCAAGGACUUGCUCGGCAGCUUUCCAUGACCUUAUUAGGGAAGCCUAUUGAGGGAAUAUGGCACACUGGAGUUGUGGCUUAUGGCAAUGAAUACUAUUUUGGCGGAGGAAUCCAACAUUCUCCUGCUGGGACGACACCAUAUGGGACACCAAUUAGAGUGAUUGAUUUAGGAGUCACCCAUGUGCCUAAGGAUGUGUUUGAGAUGUAUUUGCAGGAGAUUAGUCCCCGCUACACUGCUGAGACCUAUAGUUUGCUCACCCACAAUUGCAACAACUUCAGUAAUGAGGUUGCCCAAUUUUUAGUUGGUUCCAACAUUCCAGACUAUAUUUUGCAGCUACCUAAUGAAGUUAUGAGCAGUCCGAUGGGCGCACUUUUAAUGCCCAUGAUACAGAACCUGGAGACAACUUUGAGGGCUGGUGCUGUUCCUCAAGUUCCCCAAUUCAGGCCUUCUGUAUCUGCUCAGUCAUCCCAGUCCACAACCAUCAGUGUGAACGGGUCCUCCAUUAGUAGUCAGCCAAAAGAGGUAGACAAUAAGGUGAAAGAUGGGGAGCAACCAAAAUCUGAAGAAGUCAAGACAUCAGAAAAGACAAUACCACCUUCUAAACCAACCGGCACACAGGAAAAAUCAAAAAACAAUGGAGCUGCAGCAGACCCUCUUGGAGAUGCUCGAGCCAAGGUCCAAGAGGAGAUAACCCGUGAAUUUGCCGCAAUCAUGGCGAGUGGAACAUUGCGAGCUAGUGAGGCAGCAGCACUAGCAACUAGGAAAGUGAUGCAGAAAUAUGGACACUUGAAUGUUGCUAUGCAACAAAGUUAGAAGCAGGAAAAAGAAAAAAACGAUUUUUUUUUGUAAGUCCUGCGUUUACCUUUGGGAAUCUGGAUCUGGACAAAAAUGAAAUCAUUUUAUGAUAACUAUUCAACUUAUUUUUGAAAAA